UUGGCCCAGUUAAAGUUCGCUGCCACACAUGUCAGAGACGUUGUUUGCAAAGGCCAGAGUUUAAGUGGAGAUCUUUUCAGCUGCUCUUCUCCAGGCUGUGCUAAAGCGCUGGAAUCACUGCUGAAGGUAUGUGCUGUGAAAGACCACUCCAGCUGAAGACCCCUGCUCUCUUCAAACUGCAGGACUACAUUCAUAACACCUGUAGCCAACCAGACAGAAGGCAGAUGAUGAGUUUGGCCUGCGUUCAGCUGUUCUUUGCUGCCACGUUGUGGACACUGCCGUGCACCGCAACAUCUGUGGCGGUGAGCAGCGCAACUCAGCUGCUUCAUCUCAAAGACGCUUCUAUGGAGGCCCUGCUGAGGAACAGCAGCGACACCAGCGCGCCUCGAACGCGGCGGAAACGCUUCAUCUCCAGUAAAGAUAUGACGGCCAUUCUGGACUAUCACAACCGCGUGCGCUCACAGGUCUUCCCACCCGCGGGAAAUAUGGAAUAUAUGGUGUGGGAUGAGAGACUGGCUAAAUCUGCAGAGUCCUGGGCCGCUCAGUGCAUUUGGGAUCAUGGACCGCCUCAUGUUUUGCGACACAUUGGACAGAACCUGUCCAUCAUCUCUGGAAGAUACAGAUCGAUCAUUGACCUGGUAAGAUCCUGGUAUGAUGAAAGACACUAUUUCUCCUACCCCAACAGAUGCAGUGGCUCUGUCUGCACACACUACACUCAGAUGGUGUGGGCGACCAGCAAUAAGAUUGGGUGUGCUAUCAGAAGAUGUUCAAACAUGUAUGUUUUUGGGAGUAUGUGGAAACAGGCCACCUUUCUGGUUUGCAACUAUUCUAUCAAGGGGAACUGGGUUGGAGAGGCUCCAUAUAAGACAGGGAAACCAUGCUCUGCGUGUCCCUCAAGUUAUGGAGGAUCAUGCAAUAAAAACCAGUGUGACUCCAGAUCAAAAUCCAGAAGAAAUGCAAGCGGUGUUAGAGGCUAACAGAUAAAAAAAAAUCCCUUAAAAUAAAAAAAUCUCUCUUAAAAAA